AAUUAGGAAAAAAAUCUAGUUUCCCAUUUUUUCCUCUUAUCAUUUUUCCCUAUAUAACAGCCCUUCUCUUCUUCCUCGCCUCUCCUCUUAUACUCUCUAUUCUCACUUGUCUCCUUAGAAUCAUAAAUCUUUUUGCCUUUUCUCUUUUCUCGAAGUUAUGGCACCAAUCGGAGUCCCUUCCGACAAGAGCCUCAUUGUGAGCUUCGGUGAGAUGCUCAUCGACUUUGUCCCCACCGAAUCCGGUGUUUCUUUAGCCGAGGCUCCGGGAUUUCUCAAAGCCCCCGGCGGAGCCCCAGCCAACGUGGCGAUCGCCGUCGCUAGACUUGGAGGCAAAGCCUCCUUCGUCGGAAAACUCGGAGACGACGAGUUCGGUCACAUGCUCGCCGAUAUUCUCAAGAAAAACGGAGUCUCUGAGGAUGGGAUCUUGUUUGACCAAGGCGCUAGGACCGCUCUUGCGUUCGUGACUCUACGCGCCGAUGGAGAGCGUGAGUUCAUGUUUUACAGGAAUCCUAGUGCCGAUAUGCUGUUGAAGCCGGAGGAACUGAAUCUUGAUCUUAUCAGAUCUUCCAAAGUGUUUCACUAUGGAUCCAUAAGUUUGAUCGUGGAGCCAUGCAGAUCGGCUCAUUUAAAGGCAAUGGAAGUGGCCAAGCAAUCAGGUGCUUUGCUCUCAUAUGAUCCAAACCUUCGCCUGCCACUUUGGCCUUCAGCUGAUGAGGCAAGGAAACAGAUUUUGUCCAUCUGGGAUAAGGCAGAUGUUAUCAAGGUAAGUGAUGUUGAGCUAGAGUUCCUCACCGGUAGCGACAAAAUCGAUGAUGAAACUGCCAUGAAACUCUGGCACCCCAACUUGACGCUACUCUUGGUCACUCUUGGUGAAAAGGGUAGCAGAUACUACACCAAGAAUUUCCAUGGUUCAGUGGAUGCUUUUCAUGUGAAUACUGUGGAUACAACUGGCGCUGGGGACUCCUUCGUCGGUGCAUUGCUAUGCAAGAUUGUUGAGGACCCAACCAUACUUGAGAAUGAAUCAAAAUUGAGGGAAGUACUGAAAUUCGCAAAUGCAUGUGGAGCCAUCACGACAACCAAAAAGGGAGCAAUCCCUGCUCUUCCAACCGAGGCUGAUGCCCUUGCCUUAAUCAAAGGAGCUUAGGAAAAUUUAAAUAAAAUAAUUGGACAUCGUUUUGCCUUUUCCAUUCCUUUCUUUUCUUUUCUUUUUUUUUUUAAUUUCUAUUUUAUUUUCAAAGAGGGUUUUCAAAGAUUUUUCUCCCUCUUCUUUUAUCUUUCAUAUUCCCCGGUCCUUUCUCUGUUUGCUGCGUGUAAGGAUGGAAGACUUUGUGCUUUUAAGGGAAUUAGGAAUAAUUUUUUUUUUCUUGGGCGCUGAAUAAUUUGCAAUUGAUAGUUGCGUGCUGCCAUCAUUG